AGAGGUCUUUUUCUUUCACAUGGUAGCUGCUGUGCAUGGCACGGCUUUUCAUUUAUUCCUACGUGAGCAGACCCACUACACUUCUUGCAUAUAAACAGUGAAAAUUACAAUAUAAAGGACUUAAUAUACCUUCUCUUGGAGUGAUUUUACCACUAGUCAAAGCCUUGCCUGCCUAGCACGGCUGAGGUACAUUUUCUGCAGGUAAUUCUGACACCUCAAGAACCUGCUCACCUGCCAAUCCUGUAAAGACUGAUGAUCUAUACUCCUCUUCUGAAGUCAAAGGGUCCAUAGUUCUCUUCCUAAAAUCAUUCAGGUUCCACAGACCUGGUUAGCUUUGUACCAAUGUAAACAAGAGCAAGACUAGAGGGCAGAAACUAGUCUCUGAAUCCCCUUUGUGGCUUUAUUCCAGUCCUGGUCACGCCCCACUGGGCUGUAUGAGGCGAUUUGGGAAGACAAGUUUCCAUCACUAAAAAAAGGGAAGGAACAUGAAGGAGAACAAUGGCCCCAGAGGAGGAAUUUCUGUUUGACACGAACAGAUGUGCUACCCCAGGAACAUCAUGUCAUUUCAAAAGAGCAAACAUCCCAGUCGUUUGUUACACUGCCUAUUUACACUCCAUGCAGAGGAGGCAUACUUAAGAGGCUGGCUAUACCACACCUGAGCUUACCCCUACCGGGAAGAUGAACUGGAUAUUCCAAAUGUAACCUGUUCUAUUAGGAAUUCAUUUGUCAUGGUCCUUGAGAUUGCUUCUAUUGUAUUUUCCUGGUCGGUGUGAAACAGAAUGACAGAUUUCCUCCAGGAUCUGAGUAAUCUGAUUCUAUCAAUACCCAGACCACCAGCAACUUCUUAGAUGUUGGAUGGUUGACAAUUAGGGUAACUCAAGUGUUUAUCUAAUUAGCAAUUAGCUCUGUGAUGAAAAACAUAUUGUUAACUCCAGAAAUAACAUUAGAAAUAGUCAUAGAGUAAAACCUAUAAGCCAGGGAUGGCCAACAUAGCAACCCACACAAUCAGGAGAGGGUAUCUUCUCCAUCAUCUCUGCUGGCUGUGUUUGGCAUCUGGGGCUUGGUCACCAGAUGCUGCUCGAAUGACUUAAUGCAACUUGUCAAGAAGAAGCUUGCAAUCCAUAGAUUGGCUCGAUGGCCCAGCAAAGCAUGAAAGUGAGACCCGUACUCCUGAAGCGGAACAGUCUGGAUUCAGUGGACUUUGUGAAACAGCCCCACCACCGCAGAAGCAAAUCCCAGCAAGUCCGCUUCAAGGAAGAUGGAGCUAGUAAGAAUCACGCUGGCCUGGCAGAGAUUGAUGUCCAAACAGACCAAGACUCCACCCUGAUGGAGAAGGUGCAGGCAUCCCGGCACCAUCACCUGCCCAAUUACUCCCUCUCCUUCCCUGGGUCCCAGAAGGGGGAGAACAUUCGGAAUAUUGCAAUUCAAACAUCCCCCAGCCUUAGGAAGCACUUCCCUGUUUUUAAAAGGAAAAAACUCACAGCCAGCAAGUCACUAGUGGAAAUGCCCACCGGGUCUAAAAACUCCAUCCAAGUCAAUGGCAAUCUCUCAGAGCAGGACAUCAUGUCUUCUGAUCUUACCUAUUUACAGAUCACUAGGCAUUUGGAUGAUGUGCCUCACAGAGGUAAGAAAGCACAUCCAUUUUUUCCCAGAGUGUCCAAGGCACAAAGCAAUGGGCCUGUCAGCAUCUGCUUUGAAGCAAAUGCUCUGGGGCCCUCAGAAAAGGUGACGGCUUCUAUACAAGUUCCUGAUGAUAUAUGUCAUAGCCCUCCAUGGGGUACCAAAGCCCCCACUUACAGCAUGGACAGGCCUGUGGAAUUAAGCAACUCAAUACAUCCUUGUGCAAAUAUGUGCCCAGGGGAUGUGAAUGGCAGGCUGCCAUCUAGUUCAGAAAGGCCCUCUUCCUGCUUGAGUACUGCCAGCGGUGCUCACUCCUUGCCUGGCAGAGAUAAAACGGACCCUGAAUUGCUUUUGCCCAAAGACACAUCUGGCAUUAAAGAGCCGGUUCCUUUAUCACCUCCAUCAAAGGGAACUUGCACUCCUUCACCUCCACAGACCCAUAGCUCCUCACCUUGUUUCCUUGGGGAGCACAGACAAGCAGCCCCUCCUGAAACUGCUUCUGACUGUGAUGCACCAAGUAAUGAUCAUAAGGACCUAAUAUCAUUGACAACUAGCAACAUGACAAAAUCUGCUCCCGAGUGUCGGGAGGAGACAGAAAAAAAUUCCAACCAGGCAGAUCCUUUGGAGUUUAAAAAUUGUCUAGGAAGCUUUCACCUCCAGUCUUCUCUCCCAAGGAGUGAAAGCAAACCUCAAACCAACAAAGAGAUUAAAGGAAUUAAUCCAAUUCACCUAGCACAUGGUGAACUGUGUGACCUUCAAGGGAGACUGCAAUCUGUGGAGGAAUCUCUGCACUCAAACCAAGAGAAGAUUAAAGUCCUUUUGAACGUAAUUCAAGACCUGGAAAAAGCCAGAGCCCUCACUGAAGGGCGUAACUUCUACCGAACUGGCCAGGACCUCAACAACUGCAGCACUUGUCAGAACACAGCAUGCAUCAUAUACAGUGUAGAAUACGAUUUCCGACAGCAAGAAGGGAGGUUCCAUCAAGUCCUAAGUAGUCUGGACCAAGUAGAACCACCACCAGAGACAGCCCCACCACCAAAGUCGCCAGCUGAGCCUCCAGCUCCUGAAAAACAGGACUUAAGGAGGAAAACCAAAAAGGUGAAGAAGAAAUGUUUCUGGUGGAUUUGAGCUUGUAAGAGCACUGCACUCCUCAAACUGCCUUCCCAAGAUGGGGAAGCCAAGUGCCAGGUCCUCUCCUGCUCGGUAGUCAAAGCAUUCAAAAGACCACCAAGGUCAUCCCAAGAGGUGUGUACCACCACACGGACCUAAUCAGAAAUGUGGCAGGCAGACCUCAGCAGGUUUGGGACCAAUCACCUAAUGGGACUCAGUGGCAGAAGGAGCAGGUCUCACUUGCUAAAGGUUUUACAGAUACUCCAAUGCUGACUUGCAGAACUCCCUUUCAAACAGUUAUUUUCAUAAGGCAGGAAGGUUUCCAGCAGCCACUCACAUGCUCUCUCAUUACCCUAGCACUCUGCAUUGACCCACUCACCUACACCACGAGUGUAAACACUCUCUGACCUAAGCUCGCAGACAAGGAAAGGCAGUAGCUUCAGAGAUACGAGGGUUCCUGAGGGCUACUUCUUGGGUGUGCUGGGAAAACAAAAUGCCCCAACCAAUAGUUUCCUGAGACAUCAGCAAUACUUAAGCACAAAAAGAGGUCAAACUGCAUGGUAGCCCUAAAAAGUUAGUAUUUUUUCAUUCCUUAAUUAGAAAUUUGAACCUAAAUUAUUAAAUAAUAUGAUGACACUGAAAUGUUAUUAGGACUUGCAAAGAGGUCCUCAUUCUACACACAUGCACACACACACACACACACACACACACACACACACACACACACACACACACAAACACACAUAUACCCCAAUAGCUUUGUAAGAAUUAUUACUGGUUGCCUGUUUUGACAUCCAGUAAAUUUUCAGUAAAUAAGAAUGGUAGAGAAAGAAUAAGAAGGAUUUCUGCCAUGACACUCAUGCCUAUAUACCCUCUCUUUCACAGAUCCUCAGGGUUCCCUUGGCAAGGUAGGUCCUCCUUGGCAGGAGAAUCUGGAAUGAGGUGAUUAGGCUAUUUAUAACACUCCCAACCCCUUUCAGGCUCCUUUGUAACAAAAAAUAAUGAGUUAAGUAAAACCAGCCAAAAUGGUGGUUGAAUCCAACCUUUCCUGCCAGUAGAAUGUAAGCUCCUGGAGGGCAGAGACUGUUUUGUUUUUGUAUCCCAGCACCUAGCACAGUGCCUUGCACAUAGUAGGUGUUUAAUAAAUUGCUAUUGAACUGAAUUGGCUGAGGCCUCAAUUAAAUCCCCAUAAGAUUUUUCAAAAACAAUAUUCAGUACCACAAGAAUCAGUUGCCCUACCCAGGUAUUCUGGUUUUGGGGUAUUGUCAAUUUUAUAAUAACUCAUCAGAUGUUUGGCUAUUCUAGUAGCCUUGCCCAUAAUUUCAAAUCAGAUUCAGGAUCCUGUAGUUUAUGAAUCUGAGGCUUAUACCUUCACAAUGAGUUAGAAAUGAGAGUCUGAUGGGAAGAAGUUGUAGAAUUUGGAAUGGAGAUAUAUUUCUUGUUUCUACUAAGCCUUGAUUUCUUAUGAGUGCCCAUGCUAAUUUUCCUCCAGGCUCUAAACCUGAAAAAACAGUCUAAUUUAAAUUGGUGGACAAAAUCUUUCAAAAGAAUAUAAUUAGAUUUCUGCUGCACAUUCAUGGGGAGUAAAGAGCAAAGGUCAGAAAGACUCCUAACUAAAUUAAAUCCAAUGGCGACUUGUUGAAGUAGUCAUGCCUCAAUCGAGGGGAAAAGAGAAAUAGAUGAAAACUGUGGAUUAGCUAUGAAGAAACCAUUGGGCUGCAGAAUCAUGUUGAGGAGUUUCUGGGAGGAGAGUCCCCUACCCAUGGUUGUAUGUAGGAAACAGUAGCCCCUCCCAAAUCAAGGCCUCUUCAGAAAACCUCACCAACAGUGUGUCACCUUCCCUCACCACAGCAGUGCAGUCAACAUAGCCAUUUCAAUGGGAGGAGGAAAAUUUCAGGAAAGUUACCAAGAAAUCUGAGUGUUGCUAAAGCUGCUUUUAUCUUGAUUCUAGGGUAGUGUCUAAACUCACACAAAGAGAUCCUAAUGAAGCCCACAAUACACAAAUAAAACCAAUGAACAUUAUAAGAAAUAUGUUUAUAAUCUAUCUCUUUCUAAAGCCACAUUUAAACAUAGCAAUAGCUAAAUGCCACUAAUACUUCUAUCUGCAUUUUGUAUAUACAGCCAAUUCUCAAAUGAUUCUCACCUAUGAAAAGAUCAAUAAUAUGGAUAAUCCAAAAUGAAAUUUAAUCAAAAGUUCAAUUAUGCUUGGUUUUGGAAUAAGUGAUUUUUUUCUCAGUGCAUUUGCCACCUUAAUUAUUCUCUGUUUAAGUUAUUUUUUAAAUGUGUCUUUUUCAUCUGAACACUUAUCAACUAUAUUGCAGGACGCUGACCAAGGACUAAGCUGAAUAAUUUAAGGAAGCCAGCCUGGGAGUCUACCUUUCUAAGUGGAUAACACACACUUGUAGAAAUGACAUCUUAUGAUAUAAUGAUAUCCAUUAUACAUCCACAUCUACACAAGUCCGUUAGACCCAUAUAUGUGCUUUAUUGCAGGAGCUCAAGUAGUCUCACAGAACACAAGGGAUCAGGACUAGGUCCUGAAAACCAGCUAACAAAAAAAGAACAGUAAGGCAAUGAAAGGUUCUGUACCAAAGCACAGUCCAGGUGCUCCUGGGACCUAGUUCUGGAACAAAAGGAGGGAGUUCCUCAGUACCAAGCCUAUCAUAACCAUUGAAGUGAGAUGAGCCUUGUCACAACUUUCCUUUUCAGCAGGUAAAAUGGUCUCUGAAUUAUUCAAAACUCCUAUUAAAACAGUAAAAAAAAAAUAAUAAUAGCAACACACAGAAACCAAAACCCCUACUUAUCUCCUUGCAGGAAGACAGCCCUUCUCCACUGUAAAAUAAUGUAUAGCAUCUGCCACCAUGAUUCUACAGAAAUACUACACUUGAAGUUAUUCUGUUUUAUGGAGAAAGAUCCAUCUAGCAAAAAAUUCUUUUGUAUGAGAGAGAGGAAACAUGGAGUGACACCAACACAUUCUACAACGCAGGAGUUUCCAUAGCUACUUUCUCCGUAGUGGAAUAAAAAAGAUUACUCACUCUACUCGAUACUUAAAGCUAGCUGCUCUAUAGAGCACCUUCUUUAAAAUGAUGUACUAAUGUAAUGUUUUGUAAAUUUCUAAAUGGUUUUAAAUGGGAUAUUAUCUUUUUCAAUAAACUUACAUAUUUUUCUUA